GCAGAAAAGCGGAUCCUAGACCUGUCCCAACAAGCAGCAAGUGGUCACAUGAGUCAAUACGCUUUUUCCACUGGUCAAGAUCCAUUCUGUGCCUUUAUUUCCGGAAGUGCAUCUUCAGAUUGUCAGAUCCAAGGUUCGUAAAUAUAAUUUCCAUAAUAUUGUACAAACUAGACUUGUGUUUAUAGAUUUUCUUAUUUGUCCAUUAGGUAAUUCGAAAGCUAGGUCACUAACGUUAGCUACAGUACAUUAGCUAGCUAGUUGGGUGUUGCUGCUGUCACAUUUGGGUGGGUAUUCAUUAGUCGUAUUCCGUUGCAAAACGUCUUUGCAAACGGAACCGUUUACUCCAAACGUGGAACGUUUGCAACGAAAACGAGAGUUUCUAUGGGACAUUUUCAGUAAAGACUGUCCUCGUCUCGUUCUGUUUGAUUCCUAGAGUAAACCAACGGAAUCCGACUAACCCCAUCCGACUAGCUAUCUAGUAACAUUAUACGAACAAUGUAGUGUGGAAGAGGUUUUACAAUACGUCUUCUAGCAAUAUGCCCACCCGUCUAGCCUACAUAGUGAGAAGCUUAGCCAAGCAGUUGUGCUAGCUGCUAGGCUAUCAGUGUGUACACGUCAAGGCAAGACCGUCAUUGAUUGUUGUCAUCAAGCCACAGCCAACAAACAUCCAGCUUUUACCAUCCAAGCCACAGAAUGACUCAUUGGUUCCACCGAAACCCAUUGAAAGCAACUGCACCUGUUUCCUUCAACUUCUAUGGAGUUGCUGGUAGCCCAUCAGCAAAUAAGAUAUGCAAUGACUUGAGGACAUCGAGGGCCAGACUCUUGGAGAUGUUCACAGAUACCACCUGUGAUCCCGAGAUCAUGAAAAAUGCCACAGAUACUUAUUUCUCACUCUUACAAGGAUUCAUUGCAUCUCUGGAUGGCACCAAACAAGAGAACAAGCUUCGGUUCAUGCAGAACUUCAAGUGGACUGACACUUUGCAAGGAAACACCCCAAGUGCCCAACAAGAUGCUAUUUUUGAACUGGUCUCCAUGGCCUUCAAUGUUGCAAUUUGGCACGCCAAGUUUGCCUCAAGACUUGCAGGAAAGGAAAAUGUAACUGAGGUAGAAGCAAAAGAUGUCCACAGGAGCCUGAAAUUUGCUGCUGGGAUUUUCAAGCACCUCAAGGAGGUCUACAUCCCCCACCUCAUCACCCCAGCGGAGAAGGGCCGGGACCUAGACCCCAGAGUCAUGGACACCUACAUGGUCCAGUGCAAAGCAGAGGCACAGGAAGUGACGAUUGCCAGAGCGAUUGAACUCAAGCAUAACGCCACUCUCAUUGCAACCUUGGCCUUCGAGACCGCAAACUUCUACCAGAAAGCUGACCACACACUGAACACCCUGGAACCAGAGUGCAGCAGUAAGUGGAGGAAUUACCUCCAGCUGAAACAGCACUUCUACAUGGCCUAUGCAUAUUGCUACCAUGGACAAACUCUGCUCGCGAUUGACAAGUGUGGCGAAUCAAUAAAAUCUCUCCAAGAAGCAGAAAAGUGCUACUCCAGAGCCGAGGCUCUGUGCAAAGAGUACCGUCAGACCAAAGGGCCGGGUAGCACAGCCAAGCCCUCUGAGCAGCUCUUCUUCACCACGCUGGGUGGCCUGAUCAAAAAUACACUGCAAAAGUGCGAGAGAGAAAAUGGAUUCAUAUACUUUCACAAGGUUCCAGCCGAGGUGCCCCAGCUAGAGCUGAAGGCUAGCUAUGGCCUGGCCGAGCCAAUAUCCUUUGAGUUCCCAGCCGUCAGCGAGCAGUGUACCCCUGAAGUCUACACCACUUUUGACCUCACCAAGGGGGCCAAAGCUGAGAAGGCCAAACCCAAGCAGGAAGAAGAGGUUAAGCCAAUGAAGGAACCAGAUUUGAAGCCUCAGAAAGAUAAAGGCUGCGUCAUAUCAUAAACAGAGGGAGGGGGGAGGUGACAAGAAAAACAUUGGUUUGUUUUAUCUGUAGUGUUUUAUGAUCAGUGGUUUACAGUAGCAUGACCAUCUGUUGUAGUUCAUUUUAUACAUAGUUGUUUUCUAUUUUUUUAUGUUCAUGAUCAAAUAUUAUUGGGUCAGACUUUAUAUUUGAAAUGUUCUCUCACUAGUCCUUUUGAGGAUUUUGGAUCUUUAUUUUUUGCUGUCAUUUAAGAAACGGACAAUUUAAUAUAGUAAGAACUUAUAACACUCCACGAUGAUUAUCCAAUCAUUUGUAUGUUUUCAAUUUUAUUUUUCAAUCGCUGAGAUUCUCUAAUUGAAUCAGUUUUUUUGCAACUGAAAGGACACUGUACACACAGGAUCACAUUAUUCAUACCCAAGGCUAGUCAUUGCUGGGUAUGGCCUGUAUUUAUGAUAAUAACCAUUGUUUAACAUUCCCCUCUUUAUUGGAGACUUGAGGAAUAGGCGGUGCUUGUAUUGGGUCAAAAUAACCUGAACAAGGCUGGCUGUUCAGUAGGAACAUGGAAUAUCAUCUGGGAAGUUCUCAGGAAAGCUCGAUGUUCUGAACAUUCUAAAUAUAAAUGUCACGCAUGACGACUCUGCAUGAGAGAGGAGCAGGCCUGUUUUACACGAAACCUUUGAACGUUCCAUAACAUUGUGCCCUAUGGAAGGUGAUGUAGGUCUUCCUGACGCUCAGAUAUGUGUUGUAAAAAAAGAGAACUCUGACUAGUGGCCAUGGUUGCUGGUCUAAAGGAUCAACUUCCGGUGAAACUGGAGGGCGCGCAAAUCUAAAUAUUUUUCCACCGGCACAGGUUUCAUAUGUUCACAUAUAACGAUUAAAUAUUCACUUACUUUUUGAAAAUCAUCCUCUGAUUUGUCAUCUAAAGGGUCCCAGCUAUAACAUGUAGUGUCUUUUUGUUAGAUAAUAUCCUUCUUUAUAUCCCAAAAAGUCAGUUUAGUUGGCGCCAUCGAUUUGAGUAAUCCACUCGUUCAACUUGCAGAGAAAAUAAUCUGAAAAUCUACCCCUAAACUUUGUUUCAACAAGUCAAAAUAUGUUUCUAUUUACUCCUCAGAUACCGUAAAAUGUAAUCAAACUAUAAUAUUUAUUUCGGAAAGAAGUAUGUUCAAUAGGAAACCGGUUUUAGCAGGUGUGUAAUGUCGUCAUGGUGCGCCCAAACACAAAUUUCCAAGACGUGUCCUUCUAAAACUGAUAUUUCUCAUUCGUUUUUAGUUACAAGCCUGAAACCUUGAACAUAAACUGCUGACACCCUGUGGAAGCCAUAGGAAUUGCAUCCAGGGAGCAAAUUUUCAAUAUGAACUUUCUCUUGCAAUCCUAAGAUGGUCUCUCAAAAAAAAAUCUGUUUGGUUUUUCUUUGGAUUUUCUCCUACCAUAUCUUUUGUUAUAUUCUCCUACAUUAUUUUAACAUUUCUACAGACUUCAAAUGUUUUCUUUCCAAUGGUACCAAGUAUAUGCAUAUCCUGGCUUCAGGGCCUGAGCUACAGGCAGUUAACUUUGGGCAUGUCAUUCAGACAGGAAGUGGAGAAAAAAUGGGCCUAUCCCUAAUUAAGACUGGAUUUAUUAGUGAUCGACAAGUGCAGGAACACUAGAGUAAUGGUUAAUGAAGAAAGAAAUGGACUUGACAAUCUGAUGUCAUUCAAAUAUGAUGUCAAUCAUAACCCGCUUAAACCAUUUCAGUGAAGGGAGUAAUGUUGUACUAUGGCACAUUAUUUUACAUAUGGAAAAUUGUUGAAGUAGCCUACUAUGUAUGUAAAUUAAUCAAAUGAAUUACAAAUGUUUGUUUUAUCUGUAAAUGACAAUGAUAUACAUAUUACUGUAGUUUUUAGAGUACUGAUUCGCUGUAAUUGCAUAAGAGUUGUUUUUGAAAAUAUGUUAAUGACAGCUAGCAUCUACAGAGGAGGUACAAUAGGGGAACACGUAACCUCCAGUAUGGUAUACUAACUUGCCAAUCAAUUAAGCACAUUAUACACACAUCAACCUCAAAGCACAUUAUAAUGCCUUUGCACUUUAAAUCUUAAUAGUCACACAGAAAUUAAGUACUUUUUAUUAUUGGAACAAUUCAUUUUCACAUUUAAGGACCAAUUAGAUUUAUUUUUAAUUAACACAUUUAAGAAAACAAUUUGCUGUAUCAUAACAAUGUUUACACAAGUCAACCUGAAGGUCAUUACUCUUCAUCUAAUGGUGCCCUUCAUGGAAAAUGUUUAAAAUAAAAUGUCAAGAAACCUUGGGUUACUAUUUUAUGUCACAAUCAAACGCUUAUUUUCCUGAUGUAAGAACAGGGUGUGUGUGUGUGUGCUGCACUCAAGUAUCAUUAGCCAGAGGAACAACAUCACUGCAUAUAGCAGUUAACAAUAAACCUUGAAAUUCUACACAGUGGAACAAGCCCAACCCUCAGCCUUACAAGAAAACUGAAAUUAGUAGCCUGUCAUCCAAUGACCGCAGUCUCUGACUGGUGAACACAGUAAGCAUGACUAAAACGUGUUUCUGGUGUGUUGAGUAAUCAGGUUUCAAACUAAUGUAGGACCGAGUAUCUUGCUUUUUUUCUGUUGCCUUGAUUGACCAUUCCAGUGCCAUCAGAGUGGAGGAAAUGUAUGUAUUCUGAGCUGAGAAAACAUUUUUUGCUCUACAGGCAGCAGCACAAGGAAAGGAAAAUCAUUUAUUCAGUGUGAAGAAUGAGCGACAGUUUCAAGGAAGAGAGACAGUUCAGAGGUCUUUCACUGUCCCUGCAGAGGAGGGUCAUCCAUUUCGCCAGUGGUGAGACUCUGGAGGAAGAUGACAGUGAGGAGGAGGAUACAUUACAAGAGGAGGUGUUUAGGGAGCCUGAAGACAUGGUAGGGAAGUGUUCAAACAGUUAAGAUUUUGAUUCUUAGUAUAAAUUAUGUUUAGUCCAUGAACACAGUUGGAAUGCAGCACUAAUCUGUGUGUGUAUUUUAGCCCAAACUCCCAUGGAGAGCUUUUACUUGGUCUCUGGGCAGGAAGUCAUUGCGCAGUAAGUUGCAUUCCAUUCAUGUGUGCUCUUGAAACAAUUUUUUUGAAAGCAUUGUCUUACAUAACAUGUUUUUUCCUUCAGCUUGUGAUUUUCUUGGGGAAAAACUGGCUGGUCUACUUGGUCUCAACACUGCCAAAUACCAGUAUGCUGUAGAUGAACAUCAGCGUGAUAAUAAGAACACAGGCAGUAAAGACACUGAAUGCUCCUAUGAGAAAAGAAGGGAGGGAAGUCACCUUUCUUUGAGGAUGAGCAGUGAAUAUGGUGCCACAAGCUCCCAAGGAGUCCCAGCUGGUUCUCAAGCCACUGAGCACAGAACGACAGGAUCCCACAACAUGGGUUAUCAAGAUGAUAAUGAGCACUGAAAAAUAACUAUGCUAAUAAACAAAUCAAAUGUUAUUUGUCAUAUGCGCUGAAUUACCGUGAAAUGCUUACUUACAACUCAACAAACAAUGCAAAAAAAAUGUAAGUAAAAAAAAAGCUAAAUAAACUAAAGGAAAAAUAGUAAAACAAUAGUAUGCAUUGAACUUGUUGUGGUAACAAACUAAGAGAGCAAAUAUUUAUAUUGCUGUGUGUAUUUGUUGGUGUUCCUCUGUGAUUUCUACUGUAUUGCACUUUAUCUGACUAUAUUAAUACAAUUCUGAAAUGUUAAUUAAAAACAUGCAGUAUA